GUCACGUCACUCGCUGACCGUUUGAACGUGGACUUUGCGUUGAUACACAAGGAACGCAAACGUGCCAACGAAGUUGACAAGAUGGUUCUCGUGGGCGAUGUUCGUGGCAGAGUGGCGAUUUUGGUCGAUGACAUGGCAGAUACAUGUGAUGAGUUUAGACUGCUAGAAGCAGGUGCUGACAAAGUUUACGCGAUAUGUGUUCACGGCGUAUUUUCGGGACCCGCUUUGGCACGCCUGAAUAACUCGUGUUUCGAGUCGGUGGUGGUGACAAACACAAUUCCACAAGAGGAGAACAUGAAAAAGUGUCCAAAGAUUCAGUGUAUUGACAUUUCGAUGAUUCUUGCUGAGGCCAUACGCCGUACGCACAACGGUGAAUCUGUUUCUUACCUAUUUUCGCAUGUUCCAAUGUGA